UCCUCUUGGAGCUCCACUCGGGCCGUGGAGGGGUCAUUCGCUCCCCGCUGUCUGCGUUCAGCGGACGGGGGGAGAUGACCGGGAACCCGUGCACCCGCAGGCUGGCCCGCCGCUCCCGCUCCGCCCUGCUGCUCUGCGCCCUGGUGGUCCUGCUGCUCCAGACCCUCGUCGUGUGGAACUUCAGCAGCCUGGACCCCGGAGGAGGGGGGCACGGAGGCGCCAGGAGCCGGGAGAAGAGAGAGGAUCGGACCGGGGGUCUGAACAAAGAGCCCCCGCGGAGGGGCUCACAGAGGAGGGGGCAGCAGGCGGCCGUGCGGCACCAGCUGCAGGCGGU